AUGAAGAAAAGUGGUAUAUGUCUGUUUCUAUUCGUGCUUCGACUGUUUCCUGUAAGAAACGUUGAUGGCCGACAAAUCUCUGACCGUAGACCAGUAACACGCCGGGCAAAAAUUUUGAUUCUCGGAGCAGGUGUUGCAGGUAUUGUUGCAGCAAAAACUCUGAAAGAAAACGGCAUAAAUGACUUCUUGAUCCUUGAAGCUCAGGAUUACAUUGGAGGACGUUUCAAACAGGAGUCAUUCGCAGGAGUAAAACUUGAAGAAGGAGCGAACUGGAUCCAUUAUGCUAGUGAUAAAAAGAAUCCUCUAUGGGAUCUUAAAGAAAAACACAAUCUGAGAGGGAUUUAUACCAACUACAGUGAUGUUAUAAUUAGGUAAAUCUUGGAAAGUGUUGUUGUUCAUUGUAGUUUUAUAGAUAAAUGUACGUUUCAUCGUUUGUCUCGCGAUGUAAGAGUCACGCUCAAUCAGGGUUUUUUCAUAAAAAAAAAGCUUACCAACCACUUAGUACCUCAGUCACAUAUUUGGUAUCCUUUUUUUUACACAUGAAUUUCAAUUUCGAGUCGCUUCGGCUAAUAUGUGUCGACGUGCAUGCAUGAAAUAUCAGUGUGCUGAUGAAAAGCAAAAUUCUCUUCAGAUCUUUGCCCGAUGUUUUUAAGUUGAUUUCAUAUCAAAACCUCGAAUUUCCAGUUCUAAAAAUAGUUUGGUAAAAUUGGGCAAACACACAUUGCCCUACUAGCAAGGUACAGCGACGGAAAAUGCAUUAGGUCAAGCCAUUUUGUAAUCCUAGAUGAUACUUAUAGAGAAAGCCAUAGUUCCCUUAAUGACAAAAAUACAUACUUCCCGCACGUAUUUUUGACGCGGGUUGUUCCAUAGAAAGGCAUCUGAAUAGCUGUACUUCAUCAACUGUUUUGAUUAGUGAUGAACUUUUCCUCAGAACUUUCUAUUCUAAUUGCCUCCAGGGACGAACGAGGGCGAGACAUCACAGACCGUCACUUACUGAAGCAGUUUGCUGAGGCCGAAGAGAAGCUCGAAGAAUUAUCAAGAGAAAGAACUAACGAUCAGCGACCAGAUAUGUCCGUAAGGGCCGCACUAUCGAGUGUUGGUUGGAGACCUGACACUCCAGCUAAGAGGGUUAUUGAAUACUCCGUCCUGGACUUUGAGUUCGCUGAAAAACCAAAGAUGGAAUCAUUGACGGGCUUUGGAUCUCGCUCAGUCGACUUCUUUGUUGCUGAUCCUCGAGGAUAUGGAAGUAUCUUUCUAAACAUGGCAGAUGAUUUUAAAGACAAAAUCCUUUUGAACAAGGUAGUUAAGUCUGUUUUUUACAACCGCUAUGGUGUUAGAGUUAGUACCGCGGAUGGAGAGACAUACUUUGGAAGCUAUGGACUGUGCACGUUCAGCACAGGCGUACUGUCAAGUAAUUCCGUCGCCUUCUCACCUAAACUUCCUCAGUGGAAAAUUGAAGCCAUUAACAAGAUUCCAUUGGCGCACUACACUAAAAUUUUCAUUAAGUUUCCCUUUAAGUUCUGGGACAGCCAUGAAUUCAUCUUGUAUGCUCACCGUGUCAGGGGGUACUACCCAAUAUGGAUGGACAUCGAGGCACGUGACAUUUUGCCAGGCUCAGCCAUCCUGCACGUGACUGUCACGGGUGAGAUGAGCCUCAAAGUGGAGAGUCAGCCGGAAUCGGAGACGCUGAAAGAAAUCAUGACAGAGCUGAAGAAGGUUUAUGGCGCCAAUAUCCCAGAGGCUGAAGGUAGAGUAGUAUAUAUUUAUAACUUUAAGUUGAACGUUAACUUUGAUCAGAAAAUAAAAGAUUACACUUGACACGGUCAAAGCCAGGUUAACUAAGUCUCUAUUAAGAACUCAAUCCUUGAUUCUUGGGACUUUCUAGAAUCGAGGAGGGAGUGAAAUUUCUUUUUUUGAAGAUCGAGAGUCAAGUUUUUGACGAUCCACUUUCGGGAAGCGAAUAAUCAGAAUCGAGUUUAGAGGAUCGAGCUUCGCAACACGAGCGAAUUUUCUCGCUGAUCUCGAGCAGAGGCGUUUCGAACUUGCAAUAUGAUGAUGUAUAGGAUGCUUGUUACGGCCUUUUUAACGUGGUUACAUUCCUACGCUUUUCAACGAAUCUUAGGUAUAUUCUACAGUAAAUGGUCCCAAAACCCUUUUGUCUGUGGAUCGUAUGCAAACGCCGAGGUUGGAACUACUGCUGCAGACUUUCAUAACUUGGGAGGAAAGUUGGGCAAGCUGUAUUUUGCUGGAGACGCAGUUGAUCCCGAUUGGUGGGGAUUUGCACAAGGCUCCUACUUCUCUGGAGAAAAGAAAGCAAAGGAAAUCCUUCAAUGCAUGAAAAACAACUGCGAAUUAUUUUGGCCUAAAGCGAAUGUUGUUCAGGAAGUGUACACGAAUCCAUGACGCUGCUCUUCAAUUCAAAAGAUGAAUCGAUCAUUGUUUCAUCAGAUCUUUGAAUGACUAUUUUAUCAAUGUAUAUUAUAUGAUUGGACACAUUGAAACUGACUGUUUUCUGUUUGCGUGCGAGUUCUGUAGCUUCUUUAUGUGAGAUUCUUGGUACUAAUAGAGGAGCUUGUUGCCAAGUAUUUCGUUUACAUUACAUGUUUUUUCAUCAACCAUCAUCACUUCUUUGUCAGUUUUGAGAUGAGAUUUAGUCACGAUUUCAAGGUAAAAUGUUUUAACUCGCUGUACUUUUCAUCACUGAAAUAAAAUGGUCAUCUAAAUUCUUAAGUACAUGAUCUCGCAAG